AUGAAGCCAGUGUGGGUCAUCAUCCUUGGGUGGAUCGUGCUGGUGCCCAGGGUAGGGGCUGCCAGGAGAGGAACCCCGGAAGAGGCAGCUUUCUACAAUGGAACCUUUCCGCCUGGCUUCUCCUGGGGCGUGGGCAGCUCUGCCUACCAGACAGAAGGUGCGUGGGACCAGGAUGGGAAAGGGCCCAGCAUCUGGGAUGCCUUCACCCACGGCGGGAGGCGGCAGGUGCCAGCAGACACAGCAGAUGCAGCCUGUGACAGCUACUAUAAAGUUCAGGAGGACAUCGCCCUGCUGAAGGAGCUGCAAGUCAGCCACUACCGAUUUUCCCUGUCUUGGCCGCGGCUCCUGCCCACAGGUGUCAGAGCUGAACAGGUGAACAAGAGAGGGAUGGAAUUCUACAGUGAUUUCAUUGAUGCCCUGCUGGAGAGCAACAUCACCCCCGUUGUGACCUUGCACCACUGGGAUCUGCCACAGACGCUCCAGGUCACAUAUGGUGGGUGGCAGAAUUCGAGCAUGACCCGGUACUUCAGGGACUAUGCUGACCUGUGCUUUGAGGUCUUCGGAGACCGAGUGAAGCAUUGGCUCAUGUUCAGUGAUCCUCGGACAAUGGUAGAAAAGGGCUGUGAGGCCGGCCUCCACGCACCAGGCCUGCGGCUGCAGGGCACUGGCCUGUGCAUGGCAGCACACCGUGUAAUUAAGGCACACGCCCAAGCUUGGCAUUCUUACAACAACACAUGGCGCAGCAAACAGCAAGGCCAAGUGGGGAUCUCACUGAACUGUGACUGGAGAGAACCUGUGGACACCAACAACCCCGACGACAUCGAGGCUGCUGAGAGAUACCUACAGUUCUGCCUCGGUUGGUUUGCCAACCCCAUUUACGCUGGUGACUAUCCCCAAGUCAUGAAGGACUACAUUGGAAUGAAGAGUGCAGAGCGAGGCCUGGAGACGUCGAGGUUGCCUACGUUCUCCCUUCAGGAGAAGAGCUACCUUAAAGGCACAUCUGACUUCCUGGGACUGGGCCAUUUUACCACUCGAUACAUCACUCAGAGGAAAUACUCCUCCCUCCAGGGUCCCAGCUACCAGAAUGACCGUGACUUGGUAGAGCUUGUAGACCCCAACUGGCCAGAGCUGGGGUCUUCGUGGCUCUAUUCUGUGCCAUGGGGAUUCAGGAGGCUUCUCAACUUUGCUCAGACUCAGUAUGGUGAUCCUCCCAUACUCGUGACAGAAAAUGGAGCAUCUCAGAAGUUACACUGCACUCAAUUCUGUGAUGAGUGGAGAAUUCAGUACCUCAAAGGAUACAUAAAUGAAAUGUUAAAAGCUAUAAAAGAUGGUGUGAAUAUAAGAGGGUACACUUCCUGGUCUCUGCUGGAUAAGUUCGAAUGGGAGAAAGGCUAUGCAGAUAGAUACGGGUUCUACCACGUUGACUUCAAUGUGAGACACAAGCCUCGCUACCCCAAGGCUUCAGUUCAGUAUUACAAGGAGAUCAUCACAGCCAAUGGGUUUCCAAACCCACGAGAGGUGGAAAGCUGGCAUCUCCAAGCUUUGGAAACUUGCUCCAUCAACAACCAGAUGCUUGCCACAGAGCCCUUGCUCAGGCACAUGCACGUGGCUUCAGAAAUCGUGGCCCCAACAGUCUGUGCCCUCUCCAUCCUCAUUGCUGCCCUGCUGUUAACACUUCUCUUCAGGAGCUGCAGCUGA